AUGGCUGUGUGGAGCGGGCCGGCGUGCGCGGGCUUCCUGGCGCUGGCCGUCGGCUGCGUGCUGCUGCUGCAGCCCGAGCUGCCCGGCUUGGCGCUGCGUGCGCUCUGGGGCCCCGUGCUCUGGGUGUCGUCGCCUGGGGGGACCUCCGCCGAGGGCCGGCUGGCGGCGGCCUGGGAGGCGCUCAUCGUGCGCCCCGCGCGGCCGUGGAGCCGCGUGGCCGUGGGAGUCAAUGCCUGUGUGGAUGUAGUCCUCUCAGGAGUGAAACUCUUACAAGCACUUGGCCUCAGUCCUGGCAAUGGGGAAGAUCAUAGUGUCUUACAUUCAAGGGAAGAUCUGAAAGAAGCCUUCAUUCAUUUCAUGGGCAAGGGAGCAGCUGCUGAGCGCUUCUUCAGUGAUGAGCAGGCUUUUCACAAUAUCUCCCAAGUCGCAUCCGCCCUCCCAGGAGCCCAGCAUUAUGUUGGAGGAAAUGCAGCUUUAAUUGGGCAGAAGCUCGCAGCAAAUUCAGAUUUGAAGGUUCUUCUUUGUGGUCCAGUUGGCCCCAAGCUGCAUCAUCUUCUUGAUGACAAUAUAGUUGUUCCCCCGGAAUCAAUGCAAGAAGUAGAUGAGUUCCACCUCAUUCUGGAGUAUCAAGCAGGGGAGCAGUGGGGACAUUUGACUGCGCCCAGUGCCAACCGAUUCAUCUUCUCACAUGAUCUAUCCAAUGGAGCCAUGAAUACGCUGGAAGUGUUUGUGUCCAGUCUGGAAGAGUUUCAGCCAGACCUUGUGGUCCUCUCUGGAUUGCAUAUGAUGGAAGGACAGAGCAAGGAGAUUCAGAAGAAGAGACUUCUAGAGGCUGUGAUUUCUAUCUCUGAUAUCCCCACUGACAUUCCAGUUCACCUAGAGUUGGCCAGUAUGACUGACCGGGAGCUUAUGAGCAGUAUUAUGCAUCAGCAGGUUUUCCCUCUGGUGAAUUCCCUUGGAUUGAAUGAGCAGGAGCUGCUCUUCCUCAGCCAGUCAGCUUCUGGUCCUCACUCCUCUCUCCCUGCAUGGAGUGGCAUCCCUGACGUGGGUGUCGUCAGUGACAUUCUCUUCUGGAUCCUGAAGGAGCAUGGCAGGAGUAAAGAGAGAGCGUCGAAUCUCACACGGAUCCAUUUCCAUACUCUAGCCUACCACAUUCUGGCAACUGUGGACGGACACUGGGGUAACCAGCUCGCUUCUGUGGCUGCGGGCGCCCGUGUGGCAGGGACACAGGCCUGUGCGUCAGAAACGAUCGAUACCAGCCGCGUGUCCCUCAAGGCUCCCCAAGAGUUUCUGACUUCACGUUCAGAGGCAGGCUCCAGGAUAUCUGUAAAUCCAAAUGAGCCAGUGGUUCAGUGGCACAGAGAGGGAAUCUCUUUUCAUUUCACCCCUGUCCUAGUUUGUAAGGAUCCCAUCCGAACUGUGGGCCUCGGGGAUGCCAUUUCAGCAGAAGGACUGUUCUAUUCAGAAGUAUACCCUCAUUGAUGUGAACAGGGCUAGGGUUGAUGCCUCUGAGGAAGUGUAGAUGGCUUGAGAAUUUCAGGAUAUCAAUAGAUGGUUUAAGAAAUAGAAUUUAGCGGGCCAGCUAGGUAGCAAAGUGGAUAGAGCUCUGGCCUUGGAGUCAGGAGGACCUGAGUUCAAAUCUGGCCUCAGACACUUCA